ACCCUUCCCGCCUUGCUGACUUUCGUGGCUAUUAUGGAUGGAGCAAGUUGUCGGUCUAGAUUCUAUUUUAGUACUAUUUGUAUUUUUAUCCAGUUGUGUGCAUCUUAAGCAACUUCCAUUCGAAACUUCGCUGUAAGCUGUCCCUCCCCGUCGCAGGAGAGUAUCUGCCUCAGUGGCGGAGCUCAUUGCUUUCAUCAUUCGGCGCCGGAAGAGAGAUCCAUGUGGUAUUUUGAAGCCCCGGCUCGGCCAGGUCAACGAGUACGUGAAAGUAAUGGCUAACACUCACAGCCGUGCUUUCCGACUCCGUAGGAACAGAUUGGCCUAACUGCGACAGGGAAUGGAUCGGCAUCAAGUCAAUUGGGACUCGCCGCUGGAACCCAAACAUAAGAUAUUUUUGAGCCAUAGCGGGGCUCAGAAAAGCUUUGUGGAGGCAUUAUGUGAUCAACUGGAGGACGUUCGUCGUUUCCCUUUCUUUGAUAAACGCGCUGACAGCUUACCACUGGGUGAGAGAUUUCCAGACUUGAUCUUCCAAGCUGCGCAGCAAUGUCGGGUGGCAGUAGUGAUUUUGUCAGAGGAGUACUUCACGACCAAGUGGCCCAUGCUCGAGCUGGUUGCUUUCAUGCAAGCACGAGAAUCAGAUAUCAAUAAACCCAAGAUUCUCCCUCUUUUCUUCAAAACAUCACUAUCUGAAUUGGGUGAUACGACAAGGCGUAAUCACUGGUUCUCGGCGUGGGAAGUUUUGGCACAAGCGGAUCACAGGGUCAAGCUUGGCAAAUGGAAGGAUGCUUUGAAGCAGUUGCCCUCUUUCAAAGGUAUUGAAUACGUCAAGCGGGGAGAAAGUCCGUAUCAAGAGGACUCUGUGAAAGCGUAUCGAGACGUCGUUGUAAGCUAUCUCUGCGAUCUAGUUCCCCCUGAUGUUUGGUGGGAUGAUUCAGAUGUUCAAGGGAGGUUGCGAAUAUGUCGGAGAAUACUCGGAAAAUUUGAGAAAACCUGUGAAUCCCUUAGAAAUGGGGUGCGCGUGGUGGGCUUGUAUGGCACGGGCGGAAUCGGCAAAACAACCUUUUGUAAGGUUUUAUGCAAUGAGCUUGAUAAGAAGUUCCAUGGAAAGGUGUGUCAUGCAGAACUUGGCAACCCCACACUAGAGUUGUUGAAGGUCGUAAUAAAAACCCUCACAGACACAGCAAAGCAACAGUUUGAGCACUGGACGGAGGACCAGUGCCGAAAUUAUUUGAAGCAUGAAGUACGGAGGAGGGCAACAUUUUUGGCUCUAGACAAUGUGUCAAUUGAGUCACUCGAUCAAGCCAAAAUGUACCUUGACGCGGAUUUUCACAAAGAUAGUAUGGUGCUAGUGACAGCUCGUUCUCUCAGCAUACUUACAUCACACCUUAAAAUCAACGAAAGCCACUGUAUGGAGAUGCCAGAGCUUGAGAGAGAAGAGGCGACUAAACUGUUUCUCAACCAUGCCGCACCUGAUUACGACUCUUUUGGGGACAAAGACCACGACAACGAUAUCCAAAGAUGUGUUGAGGAGUGCCUUUACAGCAAGGGUGAAAAUUUUGGUUCCCACUAUCAUCCACUAGCACUAAAAGUGUUGGGUGAGCAGCUGCGGAGUUCCGACCCUUCUGAAUGGCAGGACGUAUUAGACGAGGAACCCGAUAAGUUCAACCUCUUAGGGGAAACAACACAUCGUGUCUUCAGCGUUCUCAAAAGAAGCUACAACAGCUUACGUGAAGACGACCAGCUUUUUUUUAUGGAUGUGGCUCUUUAUACACCUGAAAAGUAUAUCUUCCUUGAGGUACCUGGAAACAUUUUCUAUUGGCUAAGCAUGGUCCACAACUUGGAGGUAACUCAAGUCCGCAGACGGUUGGAGCGCCUAAAGACGAGAGGGAUGUUGGAGGACUUGGGUGAUGGCUUUCGCAGUAUUGCCAUGCACGAAUUAUUCCGCGAGCUUGCGAAAAUGGAAGUGAAAGCAGUGGACUUUGAUACCCGACGAUGUGUUUAUGAGACUGACGAUAUUACAGAGCUUCAGAGAAAAAGAUCCGGCAAUUGUUGCUCAAAGUUGGUCAGAAUUGCAUUGACAGACUGCUUUGAUCUGGAAAGCUUUGCGGGUAUCAAAUGGCAUUAUUUCUCGAAUCUUGUUGUCUUGAAGCUUUUCAGAUGCGACCUCGACGAUGAUGACUUGAACUUGGAAGGGUUGGAGCUCCUGAGGUCUUUGGAUGCUUACGAUUGUUCACGCCUCAGCAAACUUCCAGGGCUGCAAGCGUUGAAAUACUUGACCUAUUUGAGGUUGACUGAUGUUCCGAUCAGGAAUAAAACUCUGGAUCAUCUGCCAGUGUCACUCAAGCAUUUGCACUUGCAAGGUCAUAUGGAGCUUUACCGUCCGCCAAACCUUGACCACUGUACCAAUUUACGCGAGCUCACACUACAGCUAUGUCCUGAAAUGUUCAUGUUUCCAGAUUUGAGCAAGCUAAGUUCGUUGCGGAAGAUAUUCUUCUCUGGCUGUUAUAAAGCGCACACCGUCAGGGGUUUGAACUCACAACUGUCUAAGUUAGAAUCUCUGAGGGUUGUUGGAAACGCGAGUAGGUCGGUGAGUUGCCCGGGUCUUGGUGAAUUGAUCGGCUUGCAAGAACUUCAACUCCGACAGAUUGAUUCCAUGGAACCCGCCGAUUUGCAGAAGCUUACCAAUCUGAAGGUGUUGGAGAUCUUGAGUAACAAGCUCACAAGGUUGUCGGGGCUUGAAAGGCUUACCAAUUUGGAGGCGCUCUCCCUCAAGGGAUGCAUUGUGUUGAGGAGCUUGGAAAACCUUCGGCAGUUACCUGCAUUGCGUCUUCUCAAUGUUGGAGGUUGCUGCAAUUUAAGAUCUCUCAAGGUUUACGAUUGUGCAUCCUUAACCAUGUGCCUGGGGUUAAGUGACCUAGCUGCCUUGGAAGAACUAUAUCUAUGUAAUGUUGGUGUUAAGGAGGUCCCGUACAUGAAAGAACUGUAUCUGCGCAAUGUUGGUCUUCUGUCCACUGUGGAACCGCAGGGUGAGCCGAACUUUGCCAAACUAAAAAUUCUCAAUCUCCACGGGUGCACUGAAUUGAAGAGUUUGGAGGACAUAGGGCCUUUACCUGCGUUGCAGCAACUUGAUGUCUCAUGCUGCAGCAAGCUAGAAGAACUGCCAGAUUUGGGCAGCUCCAGCAAACUUGAACUGCUUAAUUUCUCGCAGAGUGCAGUGCAACUACGAUACAGAGAUGUUUACAGACUUGCUUCCAUGCCGCUACUAAGUCCAGUAACCAUUGUGAAGGAGGAUUCGGUUGACUCUAGGUAGAAGAAGAAGCAAAGCAUGCCGGAGCUGAAGUGUUGUGGAAUGGAUUACAAAACCUUCGUGGAGACGAAUACUUACUAUAUGCUCAAGAGGAAAGCCCGGAGGCUUUGAUGAGGAAGAAGAGUAUUCAUUGCUUCGAAGACUUUAAUCCUGUGUCAUGUGAAAUUCGGCCCUUAAGUGAUCCUUGCUUUAGCAUCCCAACAAAAAUCAUAUGCAAGCUCAUUGAGCUUCGAUUACCCAACUUUCUUUAGAAUGCAUUCUCAAUUUCAGUAGACCUCCUUGAUGCAGCAAAAGAUACUUCCAAACGUAUAGUCCUAAUCUGAAUCUGCUUGAUGUUACACGACUCUGCUUGUUGAAUAUGAUUUGGUGAAGGAAGAGUGUGCAGACUCUUCAGAUUACAAGAUCGUUAGAUUGUUGUCCCGUUGGCUGCUUUGAGUUGUGAUCAGAACCCAGAAUCUGUACGUAUCAUAUCCUCAGAGUUGCAAAAUCAACACCUUGGUUAUAACUUCUAGCAACUCAAAAUGUCUGAUUGUAUUUAUAUGCUGCACGUUGAGGCAAUUGUAUAGGGACAACAUUGAAUCGGAAUACUGAGCUCAUUGGUCAUGA